AUUGUAUUUUAUUAUUAUUUUUAAUAUACUCUUAGAACAUUAUACACAUAUUAUUGGAGUUGUAUUGAGUCAAUUGCUGCAGUAACAAAAAAUAUCCAAUACUUAAUUCAUCAAAGUGAUGUAAUUUUACUAGAAGAUUCAAGUGGACUACAAAUCAUAAGCAAAAUAUACAGCAUGAUAGUACUACCUGAAAAUCACCUCACACAAAUAGCUUUAGCACUAAAAAUUUCAGUUUCACAAUCUCCGUACGGUUGUAAAUUCUAUUCUCUUGCAUGGUCAAAGCCAACACCCAAGUUUAUAAAAAGGUAAUCAAUGUAACACUAACAGUAGCAGUUACAUGUUUUCUGGAUGGCAAGCCAUUAACCCUAGAACUGGUCAUUGAUUUUUCCUGUGCUGGCAGGCUUAUUUUGGCUGAUUUGUAAAAGUUUUUUAAUCUACUUUGUUGUUUUUACUCAAAAAUAUAUUUGUUAAUAAAUAAUUAGUAAGGAAUUGUAAAACAUGUAAUAAGAAUAAAAUAAUAGUAUGCUAAAACUAAAAAAAACAAGACUUUUAUUGGCCAAUAAAAAUAGAGUUUUACGUAUUACCUCAGCAUUAUUCAUAAUAAAAGUAUGACAUGUUAAUGUUUUACUGGAAAAGUCAUUUAUAUUUAUUAAUUAUUACUAAUUUUUCUAACCCCGAGUCUGUAUUUGGUGAUGCGUAACCAGAUAUAUCAUUCUGACUCGGAUUCACAUAGCAGUAUUUGUGAUGUAACCUUUGAAAUUGCUGGAUUGUAAUGUAAUUUUUUAAUACCAAUGUUUACUGGCUUUGUUUGAUCCUACAUCUGUCACAUCGGCACUUGUGUUUCGAUGGUUACAGUACUGGGAUCUGUUGCAUUUUCACCUAAAAAUUUUACCGCAACACAUAAAUAAUAAAUGAUUCAUAGGGAAAGUUUCUUCCUCAUAUUUACAAAAUUAAUCAUUUAUAUCUCUAUAUUCCUUAUGAAAUUGAGCAACUUUUGUAUAUUUUGGAUUUUUUUCAAAACAUUUAUGAUACUAGAAUAAUGCUAGAAAGAAAAAUGUUUAUGUAAAAUUUUAAAACAAGAUUUAUUGUUGCGUAAACAAUUUUUUUAAGUUCAUAUUUAUUAUUUUAUUCAACAUCAUCCUAAUCCACAUUUCCUGAGAAAUUCUAUGUGUAACAAUGUAUAAUGGGAACUAAUCAUGUACGUGUGGCGAUUUAAAAUAAGUGAGCUUGUAAAGUACUGAAAAUUGGGAGACCAUUUUGAACAUUUAACAUUGCACAGAUCUAGGGUUAACUUUUUUUUCUAUAAAUUUAAAAAUAUUUAACAGCAUAUAAACUAAUUGUUAGUUCCACCUAAUUCACUAAGAGAGUUGUAAAACCACCACAGCGAUAUGUCUUGGGAUCUCUGGGUUAGAAAGGUCGUUUUUACAAAAACACUAAGUGAGGUUCAAAUCUCAAAGUGUUUGAGAAGUUGUGAAGAAUGCCAAAAAGUUUGUGGUACAUGACCUGAAACAAAGAGCCAGGAUCAAGAGUAAAAAUGGUGAUUUUUAUCUCAAUGAAUGUGACCAUGAGUUGAAUGAAGAGAGGACUCAUUAUAGCUCCGUCUCUGUAAAUAAAGACCUUUUCAUGACAUCAGAUAUACAAAUAUUGUUUUAUAGAAGUAGAUGAAAUCAUAACCUAUUUUAGAGUUCUUUUCCAUAUAGUUUAAUUACUGUAUUUUAAAUAACCUAGUCAUAUAAAUAUAAUAUGUCAAAAGAUAUAUUUUUAAUUAGUUUGAAUACUCCAAUAAUUUUGUUGAUCAUAGCACCAGAAAUUCUUUUGUAAAUUUUAAGUUCAGUAGUUGGAAAUGCCCAGUGUCUUGAGAAAGUAAACUUUCCAUCCUUUAAACUUGAGUGGACCACAGGUGAGGAUGGACGAAUUGUCCUUAGUUAUGCUGCCUCUUCAAAAUAAAUGUUUAGACUUCCUGUAGGAAACCUUUUAUUUACAUGGUUAUUUGACAUUUCCAACGAGAAGAUGGAAUGUCUACUUAUUUAAACUUAAGGAGAAAACUCUUCUCUCUAGCUACUCUUCUAGAAGCUUAGCAACCAAUUACUAGUAUAAAAUUUAAAUAUAGGUCUACACAGAGGAAAGACAUUUUGAAAAUACAUUAAUAUCCUUGGCAAAAUUACAAUACAAAAAGUAUUUUAUAAUUUGUCUUAUUCAGUUUCCAUGGACAUUCUGUUUGUUUAGAAGAAGAAUAUGGCUUUUGGAUUGCGCAAAAGAGUAGAAUGGAGUACAAAUCUUAUUAUAAUUGAUUACAUACUUAGUGUAAAACACAUUAAUGAAUAUGUAUACCAUUUUUGACUCAAAUAUGUUUUAAGUGGACAAACUGUUUGAUCUCUUACAGAACUUGCAGCCCUAUAAUUAGUAUAUUUGACAGAUUGAAAAACUCAGGUCAUGGUAUUCUUUAAGGAACUAGAUGUGGGACCAAAAUUUAUUGAAAACUGUGCUUUAAAAGAACCAAAUUGUACAUAAAAUGAUGAAAAUUCAAUGUUACUAGCAAAAAAUUAUGUUUAUAUGAAAACACAAAACUUCCUAUAAAAAUACCUUUUUGUAAUAAAGUUUAAUUUUUUAUUAUUUUUAUUAUUGAUUUUGGUGUUAUCUUUAUUUUGUUAUUUUUCAAAUAUAAUUUUAAUGUUUCUUUAAUUUGACAAACUCACUAAAAUUUAGAUUUUUAAUUCACGGUUUGCCAAGUGCUUCUGACAACUUAAUUAAAUUUCACUGAAAUCUAUAUACAGUUUAAAUUUUUCACCUACUACUUAUUUGCGUGUACAUAAUAAUGCUAUUGAUAGUACAUCUGGAGCCUGUGAUAUUCUCACUUGUUACUGUUUCAUGCUGCGGACCACAUGUCGCCCAAAUGAUGAACAAGAUGAACAUUCUAAGAUAGAGGAGCUGCACAAAAGACGCAACUUCCUGGCCUCCUACUGCAAGCUCAUCGUGUACAGUAUGAUGCCAACGUCAUGUGCCGCAGAUGUCUUCAAGCAUUAUGUUAAGUCCUAUAAUGAUUAUGGGGACAUAAUCAAGACAACACUGGGCAAGGCCAGAGAGAUCAACAAGACCAAUUGUGCACGCACCAUGCUGACCAGUCUGACAUCACUGUUCCGGGAGCUGCAGAAGGAGGUGGGCCACCUACGCAUCAAUCGCCAGCUGGAGGAGUUUAGUAGUCUAAAGGAAUUGGCCAAGAGGUUCGCUCUGUCAUUUGGACUGGAUGCUAUCAAGAACCGGGAGGCCAUCACAGCGCUGCAUCGUGAGGGAAUACUGUUUGCUGUAGAGAGAGCCGAAUAUGUGGAGGACCCCACUGGCCCCCCACACAAUCUGGCCUUCCUGGAGAUUCUCACAGAGUUUACCAACAAGCUGCUCAAGCAGGAUAAACGCAUCGUACUGAACUACUUGGACCGUAGACUGACAGCUGGGAUGCCCUCCAGUAGAGGAGAGGAUUGGCAACCGCUGCUGCUUUACAGGAACAGUCUCGUACACGGUGAGACUGACCAACCUCUUGUCACGUCCAAGCGGGCGUACUACCGCAAGAAGAAAGAAGCAGAUGAUGAAAUGGACGAGAUAGAUGAUAUGUCAGACCAGGAAUUCAGUAUGGGACACCUGCCGCCGCUACUGGAAGACAGUACAAAACCCACAAAGAAGCGAAGGAGAGGACCAAUGCCAAGACUGGACUUUGCGGGUGUGCUGAAGGAUGCCGACUCUGAGGAGCAGCAUCACCACAUGACAAUUACAUCGUCACGGCCCCAGCGCCAGUGCGCUCGAUUCGCCUUCAGCUAUGUGGAGCGUGAUGAUGAUGAAGAGAGCAUCAUAAUGUAAACAUAAAUAUGACUCAAUCGAUCCAUUCAAGUUUUGAGAAUUGAUCUAAAACAUUAAUUGUGUCCAUACUGUGAAGAUUAUCUUUGUAUAAUAAGUAUCUUUGAAUAGUUCAAGUGAAAGAAAAACCUUGUUUUUAUGUUACAACUCUUGUAGUUUUGGUAUUUAUAUGUUAUCCAUUGUACUUAGUUAUUUUACAUCUUGAGUGCCUUAGUACUAACAACUGACAUUCCGAAUAAUUGGAAAUGAGUAGAACAGUGUGUUAGGACUGUUUGUACAAUGGAAGUUAAAAGUUGGUUUUAUUCUCCAACAAAAAACAGUUGAUUGUAUUUUAUUUUGAAUUUAAAAUACGAAUACAAUCUUUAAUGCACAUUAAAGUAAUGUACUAUAUUUUUCUAUAAAAUGAGUAGAAACAAAGAAGGAAUAAGGACAUUUUUCUGUUAAUAUUGAUUUUGAAUUUAAUGUUUACAAUAGAUAUUUAAAAAUAAAAAAAACAAAUAUCUACACGUUGCUAAUAAAAUUUGGUAAGUUUAAGUGUAUGAAAAGAAUUAUGAUAUUCAGCCUACUUCAUUGAGUACUUAUAUAGGGCAUACCUAGCUGCUUACUUAACCUCCUUAGUUCUACAGUUGACACACAGUGAGAGGUCUAGUAGCACAACACACUGAACACUGAGCUGAUGAGGUUAAAAAGGUCAGAAAAGUUACCUUUUACAGAGUAAUUAGAAUUUCAUGUUUAUAUGAAUAUUAACAGUUUUAUUGGUAGAAAACACCAACAAUUUUCUACUACAUAUCCAUUUUUUAGCUUAUAAACAUUUAAUAGUAAUUGUAAUUCUACUUAAUAUUAACAGAAAAAUCACAUUCUAAACUGUAAUUCAUGGCUUUCUCAAUAAUUGUCAACUAUUUUAAUUUACUUAGUGUAGAUUUUGUUGAUUCCAUUCAACAAUAAAUAACUAGAACUUUAAGGUUUUUUACAAUGUUUGUGAAAUGUAUUAAAAUAAGUUACUUGUUUUGUUGUAAUAAAUUGUAAAUAAUAAUUUUAAUAUAAACAUAUUUUUAUUGAAAUUGUUUAUAUAGACUUAUUUAUCCCCAGUAUUGUGUACUAUGUAUGAUUUAUGAGAAUAUUAAUAUAUUUGUUUGAAGA